AUGGAUAAAUAUGAUUCAAUAAAAUAAUUAAUGAUUUAAAAUUCAACAACCACUCCUCCAAACGAAGACUCGUUUCGUAAGCCAAUCAUUUAAAUAAUGACACAAAUUAACUCUUAAUAAAUGAGAGUGCGCAAUCCAUCUCAAGAAACUCGAAAAUUAUAAAGUGAAAGCCAUUAAUUUAAAAUUACCCAUCCGAAAUCCCCCACUUUAACUUAGAUCAGUGUAUAGUUAGCAUCUGAUAGGAUGUCUCUCAAUAAUCAAAAAGAUAUGCUUCUGAUUAAUGAAGAACCAAGCAAUAAGGAGGACUCUCAAUAAUUGAGUGUGAUGAGGAAAUCAAAUGAUUGUGAACAAUUGUAUCGCAAAUCUAAUUUCAAUGUAUCAAGGACCCCUCCUCCAUCCUUAAGAUUAUUGUACUUCUCAAAAUCGAACUUGUUUUCGAAUAAAAUAUUAACUAAAUAGCAAUUUAAAAUCAUUCAAGACUUGUCUUCAGUAUAUAUCAUUCCUUUAAAACGAUAAAUUCUCAUUAGAAUACAAUAAGAUUCUAUCGCUAAAUAAGUGAUCUACGGCUUCUAUAUAUGCUUUUUAGUCUUCUACUUAACUAUACUAUUAAUGGAAUUGGGAUGUAAUUAAUUGACACUCUGCAAUCAAUAUAUUUUCCAUUAUUUAAUGGCUAUUUUUUAAUUACUUGAUUGUGCUUAUCAAAUUUUAAUUAAUAAAUUUUGUAUCGCUGGUAUGUUUGCAGACGUGAUCACUCUAUUGCCACUUUUUGCAUUUUUAUUGGACCUAGGAGAAGCCCAGAAAAUAUUCUACUUGCUGUACUUAAUAAGAAUAUACAAAAUAACCGAUUUCACUUAAAAUCUGAAUUGCUAUCUAAAUUUAUAUGAUCCCCUUUUUGUUAUUCAAAUCACAAUCUAGAUUCAUUUUGUAACUAUGAUGGCUUAAACACUUAUAUAUAUGUUAGCAGAACAACAACAAGAUUACAUCAAUUACAUUUAAAAUAUAUUUGCAGUUCUAUUUUUAAAUCCCAGCAUAAUCAAACGUUAUUAUUUUAUCAUCUAUUUGAUUAGAACCCUCCUAUUGAUUUUCUAUCUGUACAAAAUCAAGUAGAUAAUAAAUCAUCAAUCCCUACCUUUGGAUUCGUAUAUCAAUUAUACUCCCAAAACCCUGAAAUCUGUAAUCAAUUAUCAAUAAGAAAAUCGAAUUGCCAAAUUUGAUAUGAGAUCACUACCAACACAACUGCAAUAGCAGAUGAAGCGAGAAAAGUACUUCAAGAUAUUGUAAAGUAUCCCCAUAUUUCACUAAUCAUUCUCUAAUUAAACCUUACUCGACAUAUGCGAUAUUAUAGAGGAAGACAUUUUAGAGCCGAAUAAAAUAGUUAAUUAGAAACUGUGUCUUCAUUUUCUGUUGGAAGGACAAGUUGAAAUUGUUUAAAAAUGUUAAUCGACCUAUAAAGAAUUCAAAUUGACUAAAAUUUCCAAGACGUUUUAGAUCUUCAAUAAUAUCGCCUUUUUUAAGAAUUAAUUAUAAGGAAUAGAAUUCUAAAGCAUUGGAUAUUCUAAAAUAGCUACUUUAGAUUAAAAUCAAUUUCAAUCACUGAUACGAUAAUGUCCUCGAGAAUUCUAAAAAUAUAGAAUGCUUAUUGAUACACUUUUGAUUGAAAAUCAAUCUCAUUUGAUAAACAUUUAAUGCUUUAGUUGUUUAAAGUAACAUGAUAUAACUGAAUGUCCAGUUGUUAAUUUCAAGCCUAAUAAAAUCUAAGUUAUUCAGAAUUACAUCAUAAAUAAAGAUUAAAACAGAGUUAUAGAUUUCCGAAGACAAGCACGUGUCAAACACAGAAAGUAUAUUGCUUAACCCUAAAUACGGGUAUAGGACCACUCUGAAUCUCUAGCCUCUAAAGAAUAUGAGAGAGCGGAAUCCUACUAAAAGAUCCUAGCCUCCUCCAACUCUUUACAAAGCUAAAACAACAACAAUGUCAUUAAUCAAUUGGAACUAAGCUCAGUUCCAUACAUCAAUUAUUCACAUAGUGGGCAAACCUUAUAAUCGAAGAAAAUGGAGUCAGAUUAUUUUUCAUCUUCACAGGGAGUGAGUAGUAGUAUCAGCAGUAGAAAGAUCUUUGUUAAUGAAGUUAAAGAUGCUGGUCAAUCCAAAUUUUAAAGACUUGAUCACACAGAAGAGCAACAAGGGUCCUCAUUUAAUAAUCAUCCCUUAUAAAGAGUGCAAGACAGUGUGUUGCAUACUAAGAAAAGACUCAAUCAAAAUGGGUUAAAGAGGGAUGACUUUUAGUAGUUGCAACGAUUUUAAACUGAUGUUCCAUCUGAGUUUAAAAAUAGGGAUUAACGAAAGAAUCAAACUAUGGUUGCUAAUCAAAUAGAAUAAUUAGAUAAUUAUAAUAGAGGAAUAUCUAUUGAGAAUAAUGUUUUGGAGUAGUUUGAGAGGAUCAACUCAUAUGAUGAUUAUUUUCCGCAUUACAAUGUGGAUAAAUGCAACGCGAUCAAAAAGGAUUAGAAUUGA